AUGCUGCUCAACUUCAACAACCUGUCGAGCCUCCGCAUGCAGCAGAUGAACGAGCGCUUCCUGCACCACACCAAGACGUUGGUGGAGAUGAAGAAGGACCUCGACAGCAUCUUCCGUCGGAUCCGGGCGCUGAAGGGGAAGCUGGCCAAGCAGUACCCGGAGGCUUUCAGCAACAUUCACGAAUCUCCUAUUCUAGAAGAUGACGAUGACUUCGACCCGGUUCCAAAGAGCACGACAACCACCAUUGCUACCUCUGAGCAGAGCACGGAGUCCUGUGACACGAGCCCUGACAUCAUCUCUCCCACCAUGAGUCAGGAUUUUGAGGAUUUAUCACAGGGCCAGUACGAUUUACCGGCUGUGAACGGACAGAGUCUGACAGACGAAGACACUGCCAACGACCUGGACUAA